GAUGAAACGAGGAGGAAGAGAUAGUGACCUUGACUCACCUGAAGAAGGCACUGCAGAGAAACGUAAGAAACUGAGGACUGCACAUGAGUGUUCUCAACCUUGUGAUUGGGGUAAUCUGCUGCAGGACAUUAUUCUCCAGGUGUUUAAGUACUUGCCUCUGCUUGAUCGGGCUCAUGCUUCCCAAGUGUGCCGGAAUUGGAAUCAGGUGUUUCACAUGCCUGACUUGUGGAGAUGUUUUGAAUUUGAGCUGAAUCAGCCAGCUACAUCUUACUUGAAAGCUACACAUCCAGAGCUGAUCAAACAGAUUAUUAAAAGGCAUUCAAACCAUCUGCAGUAUGUCAGCUUCAAGGUGGACAGCAGCAAAGAAUCAGCGGAAGCAGCUUGUGACAUAUUAUCACAGCUUGUGAAUUGCUCUUUAAAAACACUUGGACUUAUUUCAACAGCUCGGCCAAGCUUUAUGGAUCUACCAAAGUCUCACUUUAUCUCUGCACUGACAGUUGUGUUUGUAAACUCCAAAUCCCUGUCCUCACUUAAGAUAGAUGACACCCCAGUAGACGAUCCAUCCCUUAAAGUGCUAGUGGCCAACAACAGUGACACACUCAAGCUGCUAAAAAUGAGCAGCUGUCCUCAUGUCUCUCCAGCAGGUAUUCUUUGUGUGGCUGAUCAGUGUCACGGUUUACGAGAACUGGCCCUGAACUACCAUUUGCUAAGUGAUGAAUUGUUACUCGCAUUGUCUUCUGAAAAACACGUUCGCUUAGAACAUUUGCGCAUUGAUGUUGUCAGUGAGAACCCUGGACAGACACAUUUUCAUACCAUUCAGAAGAGCAGCUGGGAUGCCUUCAUCAAACACUCGCCCAAAGUGAACUUAGUGAUGUAUUUUUUUUUAUACGAAGAAGAAUUUGACCCAUUCUUUCGUUAUGAAAUACCUGCCACUCAUCUUUACUUUGGGAGAUCAGUAAGCAAAGAUGUGCUUGGCCGUGUGGGCAUGACCUGCCCGAGACUAGUAGAACUGGUAGUGUGUGCCAAUGGGUUACGGCCCCUUGAUGAAGAGUUAAUUCGUAUUGCAGAACGUUGCAAAAAUUUGUCAGCUAUUGGGCUGGGGGAAUGUGAAGUCUCAUGCAGUGCCUUUGUUGAGUUUGUGAAGAUGUGUGGGGGCCGCCUGUCGCAGUUAUCCAUUAUGGAAGAAGUGUUAAUUCCCGACCAGAAGUAUAGUUUGGAGCAGAUUCACUGGGAAGUGUCUAAGCAUCUUGGCAGGGUGUGGUUUCCAGACAUGAUGCCUACUUGGUAAGGACUGCAUGAUAUAGGGCAUGAUGAAUAACUAGCACCUUAAUUUUAAGAAACUGUAUUAUAAUAAAAGUUUAUUUGCUCUAGUUCUGAUACAAUUCUACUUUGUGGCACAGAAAUUUGGUAUCUUCAGUGAGCUUAUAAUGAAUGAUGUUUGUUGGAAUGCCUACAGUUUGAGUCGGGUGAUUCCUUUUUUUGUAGUCUAAUCACAAUCAAAUGUUUAAAAAUUAACAGAAAAUGUGGUUUCAUAUUUGAAAGUAAUAUCCACUUAUGAAAACAAGAUAGCUCAUAGUGAAGGAAAUAGCCUGUGUAUUCUAACAUCUAAGAAGUAUACUAAUAGGUUUUCAUAGUCUGAAGGAAACAACCUUUGUAUUCUAACAUCUAAGAAGUAUACUAAUAGGUUUCUGAAAUGUUCUCUAUGCAUUUUUUAAAAUGUAAACCUGACAUUUUAGGGUCUUUAGUUAUAAAUACACCUGUUAUAAGGUGUUUAAUAUAGCUCAGGAAAGUGAGCACUUUGUGAGAGAAAUGUAUGGCAUAGCUCAUAAGAGAUUGAGUAAAUGUUUCAAGUGGUAUGAAACUUUUAAAAAUUAAGAUAUAAAUAUCAGAGUACUUAGAACACUGAUAAAUGUUGCAGUGGUUAUUAAGGAUGGCACGUAGAGCUAGGGUCAACUCUGAAGGAACCAGUGGAAUAGAAGAGAGGUAGUGUUUAGCUAUGUAUGAACCUUAGGUUUUCUGUGAAAUGUGCUAAACCAUGUGAGUUCUUUUCUGUUAUAUCACUAAUGUUUGUGGUGCCAGAGGCUUUGUACAUAAAGGAAUGGUUUAAUAUUUUUUUAAUCUUUGUUUAAACUAGUUUUAACUACUACACAAUUUAAAUAAAAAUCCUACUUAAAAACCAA